AUGUCAAGUUCUAGUUCUGAAUUGUAGACAAAAGAAGAAGACGAAAAUAAUUUUUCGUAUUUGAUAAUUUAUGAAAAAUUCCCAUUUUUAAAAGAAGAAAAAUAGAAAUUCGACGAAUUAGUUUAAAAGCUUUAUUGUAAAUUUAAAGAUGAGUAAGCUUAACUUUUGACUGGUAAUCAUAACUUUGAGUGUCGAGAAAGCAAUUUAGACUAGUCACUUCAUUUAGCUCAUUAAAGUACAUUCUCUAGUGAAUUUCCUAGAUUAGAGCAAAUAAAAUAAAAGGCUGACUUUACAAGCACAUAUAAUAAAUUUGAAAACUAAUAAGAUAAUAGCCCCAAUCUUAAAUAUUAGUGGGAAAGAUAUUUAGAUUUACCACUUGAAGAUCGUGAAUUUCCUGCUUUAUUGCAAAUAGAAUAAAAAGCUGGCUUUACCAAUAAUACAUCUGAAAACUAAUAAGAUAAAAGUCCCAAUCUUAAAUUAGAGUAGCUUGAAAGCCAUUUAGACUAACCACUUCAUCCAGCUGAUUAAAGUAAAUUAGAUGGUGAAUUACCUACUUUAUAGCAAAUAGAAUAAAAAGCUGACUUUAACAGCACAAAAAAUACAUUUGAAAACUUAUAAGAUAAAAUCCCCAAUCUUAACUCAUAAGAGCUGAUUGAUUCACCAGAGAAUUAACAUUCUUUAAAUAAUUCUUAAGAAUAAAACUAUUUAGAUUCAUCAAUAGAAAAAAAUAAUAGAUCAAAGAGAACUUCAAUUAAUCCUGAAUAAAUUUAAGAAACUUAAGAAGUAAUAAAACAAAGCUAAGAAACUUAAGACAUAAUAAAACAAGAAGUGCUAAGUUCAUUAUAAUAAAUUGUUUCAAAUAAAUUGUAAGAUUUAUUAAUAUCAAAUAAAAGUCAUAUGUUUUAUGGAUUAGAUGAUUGUAAAAUAGAUCUAAACGAGAUAAAAUAAGAAUAGGAUGGUAGAAUUACUUACAAUAAUAAGCAACACUUGUAAACAGUUACCUUUUUAAUAUCUGGUUAUUUAACUGAGGAUCUUUAAGCCUCAGAAAACUUUUAAGUAUUAAAAAAUACUAAGAAUAAAGAAUCUUAAGAAAAUUUGUUUAUUUUCUUUUAAUGGUCAGGCAUUAGAGUUUUCAAAAUUUUAGAUAAAUUUUUAAAUGAUGUUAUGAAUAAUUAAAAACCUGAAAUUUAUCAAGGCUAUUUAAAAAUAUUGUUAGAUAGUUGUUAAAAUGAGUGUUUCAGCGAUAUUGUAAUAAAAGACAUUUAUUGGUUGUUCGAGUUACUCAAUAUAUGUAUCAAAUAAGUCGGAAUAUCUUUUUUUUAAAAAUAAAUUAGAGCAUUUAAAACAGUACUUGAUUCAACAAUUGAAGACUUUUAAGUUGUUUAUGACUAGGCUAAAAAUGGUGGCGAAAUUUUAGCUGAAAAUAUAAACAAUCAAAAACUACUGAGAAGAUUAAAUAUAGAUUUUAUGGGUCACAACUUAGGAGCAGUAGCCACUGCUUAUGCGGUUAAAAAAUUAUCGAUGUCUGCUAGAUAUUUAAUGUUUUUUGGAGGAGUUGCAACAAUCAAAGAUAUUCAAGACAAUUCUCAAAAGUUUUAAAUGUGCUAUAACUUCUAUUCUGAAAACGACAUAGUGGUUAAAACAUGUUAAGUAAAAGCAAAGUUUGUUGGUGAUUAAAAAUUUGUAGGAGCAAUACCAUUUGGUUUAAAUAAUAAUAUUUUCAAUUUAAAUACAAAAAUUGAUCAUCUUGAUUAUAUGAAUAAGUAUUAAGAGUAUUAUAAUCUUGCUAUGAAGUAAUUUAAACCACCUUCUAAUAAAGUAGAAUUACCUAAGAAAUUAAAUUUCAAGAAAUUAGGAUUAGGAGCAUUAUUACUUUAUUUAUUACAGGAUAAUUCUAAAAAUAGUUAAGUAUCAAUAUUUUACCUGCUUAUCCUGUAUAUUUAUUAAUUCUUUAAUGAAUGA